AUGGGCGUAAGGUCGCUGUGGAAAAUCAUCCAGUCUUCUGGAGAGAAGAUCAUACCCUCAAGCAUGAAGCUUGCUGUUGACACAAGCAUUUGGCUUGGCGCAUACUGGCAUCUCAGGAAUGAGGAUGUGAUUUAUUUUUUUUCGAUGCGAGUUGUGAAGUUGUUGUAUCAUGGAAUACAACCUGUGUUUGUUUUUGAUGGAAAAGCGCCAGAAGUCAAGCAGCGAGUGUUGCGAGAAAGGCAGAGCGCAAUGGGCGAUCCGGUCAAGUAUCUUGAGAUGAAGCUUGGGGAUAGGGAAGGUGAAGAGGUGGUGUUUGAUCCAAACGGCAUGUUUGAUGAAAAGCACAUGGAGAAAUGGGGAGAUGUUUUUGAUGAGAUGGAUGGUAAAGAUGAAGUAGUAGGAUCUAGCAGUGCUUCGGAUGAUUUUGAGUAUGAUGAGGAUGAUAGCUGUAAUGAUGUAAAUGGCAAGGCAGAGAGUAGCGAAAGUGAACCAGAGAUGGAAUUUGGAUUUGUUGAAUCGAAGGAGAUUUCCAGAAUGCAGAAGCUGAGGAAGCUGGUUGAUAUUCGAGCGAACAGACGGAAGAUACGAACAAAAAAAGACUAUGGAGACAUGGAAGUGUUUUCUGCACAACAGAUCAAGAAUCUAAAGAAAAGGAACUUCAUAUGCCAGAGUAUAAGGAAGAUGGAAGAAAAGGAAGCUAAGAUUGUUCAAAGUGACUGUAAGGUUGUUUAUGGAUUGACUAAGAGAGUAAGAUAUGUCAAUAUGGAGAAGAAAGAAGAGAAAGAUAGUGUAGAUGAAGUCAAAUAUGAUCAAGCAUGUGAUACAGAUGCAGAUGAAGUAGACGAAUGGAUUACAUCAAGUCACGAAAUGCAUGAGUAUCUUGAAGAUGAUGAGUGUAUGGAGUCUCGGCUGAUCGUUAGUGAGCUGACAAACAAGUAUGGAUAUUCUGACAAUGUAUCUUGUGAAGAAGCCAUCCAGAAGGUCGAUGAUGCAUUGAGCGUAGAGAAGAAUAAGGUGGAUGAGGUGAUAAUGAAGUGCAAGGGCGAAAGAAGUAUGGGAGGUUUUUUUGCAGAUUCUGAAUUUGGAGAUCAGGAUGGUCCGCAGGACUUCAGAAAGGUCUUGAAGCCGAUAGGAUGCUCUGAUGGAACAGUCCAUCUACAUAAAAUGAAUAGGGUGAUUGAGCAGGUCAAAAGGGUACUCGUGGAGUUCAACAUUCCAUAUGUUGACUCUCCAAUGGAGUCUGAUUCACAGUGUGGGUUCAUGUCACUGAACAACAUGGUUGACGGAGUGAUAACGGAAGACAAUGACGUUCUCCUUUACGGCGGAGUUGUUUUCAGGCACUUUUUCAGGAAAAACAGAGAUAUUGAGCGAUACAGUUUGGACCGAAUCAAACAGAAGAUUGGCCUUGAUAGAAAGGAGUUGGUAAUGCUAUCUUACUUGCUUGGAAGUGAUUAUACGCCAGGAGUAAAGGGAUUUGGGCCUGUGAAGGCGCUGGAGUGUGUAAGGAAUGAUGGGGUUGCCGAAGAGAAAAUAGCGAUGCUGCUUGGAAUGUAUCUGAAUCCGAUAGCAGCCAGCUCUGUUGACAUCACGAAGCCCAGAGUUGAUUUGAAUUGUCUAGAGAGGUUUUAUGAGCAGAGCGGGGUUACGAGGGAGCGGAUAGAGGAGAUUUUUUUCUUUCUCCGUAAUAGAAGAUGGGCUUAG